CAGUUUACCUACGAACUGCAGGCGCGCGCCAUGGCCGCCUACGAGCAGGUGCAAAAGGGGCCCCUGAAGCUGAAGGGCGUCGCAGAGGUCGGCGUGACCAAGCGGAAAAAGAAAAAGAAGGAUAAGGAUAAGGCGAAACUUCUGGAAGCGAUGGGAACGAGCAAAAAGAACGAGGAGGAGAAACGGCGCGGCCUAGACAAGCGGACCCCGGCACAGGCGGCCUUCGAGAAGAUGCAGGAGAAGCGGCAAAUGGAAAGGAUCCUGAAGAAAGCAUCCAAAACCCACAAGCAGAGAGUGGAGGACUUCAACAGACACCUGGAUACGCUGACGGAGCACUAUGACAUUCCCAAAGUCAGCUGGACCAAGUAGCCUCCUGGCCCGGGAGGUGGAGUGGCAUCAAGGGGAAGCAGAAGGCGAAGUUGGGGUUAUGUUUGGUGCCUUUGGUAUUUUUUAGAAACAUUCUUUUACACACACUUUGCGUCCUCUGUUGAGACAGUGCUUUUCAAAGCAGUGUGCCCUCAUUCUAGACCUCAAUGAAAGUAAGAUUGCCCUUUUACCCUAUUUUGGUUUCUCAGUAGAAGAUAAACGUUUUCAGUUUGGACUGGAAAUUUUUAAGAGUUUACCCAGAGAUAAAGGUUAUUUCUAUGUAAGUGCUGUGGAAAAGCGUUUUUGCCCCUGAGUUGCAUGUCACUCUCUCUGACAGCUGGCCAGCUCUCUUUGCCUGGAUGAAACUGACUCCAUAGGAUAAGGAGUUAAUGCCAGCAGGCCUGCAAUGCAGCCCCUUGUGGGGCCCUGCAUUGCCUGCCCUUCCAAGCUCCCUCUAGCUUGGGGCUUAUGCUGUUCCAUCCAGGGCCUGGGGAAGCCACUGGCAGCUUCGUGGCCUGCAGACUGCCUCCUCAGCCACCUGGCCAGUGAGACAAUGCAGCCUGGGAAGCAGAACAACUGUCUAAGGAUAGAACACAUGCCUCGUCCCUUUCUGAGCUGAGCUGGUGGCCAGCAUUCCUCUUCCCCAGUAACCCUAUUUCAGACAUGUCUAGUGAGUGUUGCCAUGGAUAUUACUAAUCAAGCACAGCAUUCUUUGUAUUGGAACCCAGACACAGCCUGCCUCACUACCCUCAACCCUGGGCUCCAAGCUGACCCCCCGUAUUUAUUCAGAGUUGGCACAUAACAUGGAACCUAUUGGGCAUUCCUGGCCUAAGGACACCUCAGGGGUGACAGGAGCAGGGCAGAGCCCCGCACAGACAGACGGGUAGGGGUGCAGUCAAACGGGAGGACCCAGGUUCUGGUGCUGGAGAGCGAGGAUCUUGGAGGGCCUGCGUGCACCCACCGGCUGAGGAUGGAACUGCUUAUGCUACUGUGAGAACUGACGCACACAGUGCAAGAGGACCAGUCAGAAUAGAAACAUCGGGUGUUGGGUCUGGGGCUGUCACAAGUGAACUGCAGAAUAAAGCAAAAACCAGUUAUGAAAUGUAA